AUGGUCGAAAGAGCUUCAACCCCUCCCGGUCUACCCUGGGACAGUCACCUUCCAGAGCAAUUACCUUAUCGGGUCAGCGAGCAUGAACAGUUGCUAAAGCGAUUUCGCAAUCGAACCGCUUUUACGGUUAGCGAUGACAAGCGACUCAGCCUCUACCAGAAUGAGAUCAUCACCCUUGCACGUUCGAACCCAGUUCUGAUGCAUACGAUUUUGACCGUAACCCUUAUGCAUGAUCGAUUUCUUUCGCCCACGCGCAACUACAGACGAUCGGCAGUGGAAGCAUAUCAUUGUUACCGGGCUUCAACGAGCCUACAAGAACAACUUGCCCGCCCUCUGGGACUAGCAGAACAGGCCGCUCUCUGGACCUCAACCGCGCUUCUCGGCAUCAUUGUCUUUGCACAACUGGAUGCUGACACACCGGAUGAAGUGUGGCCACUAGCACCAUGUUCUACUCCCAAAGUCGACUGGGUCAGGAUAGGACAAGGCAAAUCGGGGGUUUAUCAGAUCACGCCUCUCCUCCACGAGGAUCCUGUGUUCGGCCCCUUGACCGUCAUACAGAAUCCGGAGAAAGAAUUCAAACUGACCACCGGUUUGACCCUUGGUCAGCUUCCGCGCCCUUUUAUUCGCUUGUACGGCCUGGAUGAUCAUGGUACCGACGAGUUCAAUCUAUACCGGCCCGCACUACGACGACUCGCGAGGGCGCUUGACCCUAAAUGCCAUCCCGUCAAAGUGGUCAUGGAUUUUUGGGGUUUCACAAACAUGAAGCCAGAAUUCAAGGCAUUGUUGGACGACCGAGAUCCGCGCGCUCUCUUGAUCUUAGCGUACUGGUACAUGAGAGUCAACCAGCUAGGUGUGUGGUGGCUGCGCCCGCGAACUGUCCUAGAGGGUCGCGCCAUUUGCGCAUAUUUGGAGCAGUACUCUUCGGACGAUCCCGAUCUGCGGAGUCUUUUGCAGUUUCCAAAAGCAUCCUUUGGCCCCCGGGAUGAGCCUUUGAAAGCUACCAUUGAACCUAAAAGUGGGUUCUUAUGGAGCUAG